UUUUCUCUCGGCUGGGGUGCUGUUGGAUGUGUUGCUGUUAUGAAAUCUUCCACUCCCUUAUGUAAGAGUACAGAGUUCUCUUGGAAAUAUAACAUGAUGCGCUUACUUUCUGCGCAUGCUGCAGCUGUCGAGAUUUAUUAAUCUCACUUAAUGUGGGGUUGUUGGCAGAAUGUAACACACGCAGUCUCUUCUUUCUCGGGAUAUUGGUGAGUUGACUGAAGGAAAAGCCAUUGGAGAAAACUACUUGUAAUUCCUCCUUUAUUGGAAGGCUAAAAGAAAAAAGGUUCAGUAUUAUCACACAAUAUGGAUAUGAUACCAUCGCAACACAAUUGUCUUUUGUCAUCUGAGCUGAGAAGAAAACUGGAUUACAAAGAAGGAAAAAAGGAAGAUGGACAUUUAGUUGUAGAAAUCAUGAGAAGACGUUUUUCUCCUGCUCUUAUAACUAACAAGUCCUGGGAAAGUUUUCACUUUGUUGGCCACCAGAUAAAAAUUACAGAAGCCACUGACUGUUAUGGGGCAGUAGUGUGGCCAUCGGCUCUUGUUCUGUGUUACUUUUUGGAAACAAAUUCUAAACAGUACAGUCUGGUUGAUAAAAAUGUAAUUGAGAUUGGAGCUGGAACAGGGCUCGUCUCUAUAGUGGCCAGUUUACUCGGUGCAUAUGUGACUGCCACUGAUCUGCCUGAAGUGCUUGGAAACCUUCAGUACAACAUUCUUCAAAACACAAAAAUGAAAUGCAAGCAUCAACCUCAAGUUAAAGAGCUGUCAUGGGGUGUUGAUUUAGAAAAGAACUUUCCCUGGUCUUCAUGUCAGUUUGACUACAUCAUGGCUGCUGAUGUAGUGUACUAUCAUCCCUUCCUUGAUGAACUCCUCCUCACCUUUGAUCACUUGUGCAAAGAUAACACUGUUAUUCUCUGGGCUAUGAGAUUUAGGCUGGACAAAGAGAACCAAUUUGUAGGCAGAUUUCAGGAACUGUUUGACCUGGAGGUACUGUCUGAUUUCCCCAGUUUAAACAUAACAUUGUAUAAGGCAAUGAGAAAAAGCAGAAAAGAAGUAUGAUAAUUCAACCUGAAUUAUGUGUGUGUGAAAGUGGGACUAGAAUAUUUCACAACUAGUUAUUUUAAUAGGUUCUAUUUUAAUAAUUGCAGAAGCCUUAGUGGAUAGUAUUUUAGAGGGAAACUGAUGCUAUGACAUAAGCAAAAUAUUAAUUCCUUUAUAUACCUGGAAAGAAAUGCUAAAUUGAAUUUCCAACUAGUGGAACUUAUAGACAAAUUUCUAUUUAGAAAUUUAUUCAUAUUAUGGAAUGAAUGAUCCACAUAGCAGUAGUACUGUUGCCAACAGGCCUUAGUUACAGUUUACAACAGCACCUGAUAAGAUUGGAGACCAUAAGAAGCAUAAUGCUAUAGUAAAAUCUUUCUUUUUAAAAGUUGUGGUAUCAAAUUGCACACUGCUCACCUCACGGUGUCCCACACUGUUAAGAGUCUCUCUUUUAAUAGCUCACAAAGGCCAAUAAGGUUGACUGGAAAAAGUGCAACAGUGAACAAGUACCUACUGAUAAUAGGGGAGAAUGUGAUCCACUAAAUACUUCCUGUCUAAUUUCUAUGAUUCAUUGGUUAACCAUCCUUCCUUGUACUUUCCAAAUGUCAAGGAUCUUACAGCAGUGUAAUAUCAGGAAUGGACUUAAAGAUAAGCAGGGAGUUUAGCAACUUACUACUUGGAAAAAAAAUAUUGCAUAAGGAUAUUACAACAUAUAACCAAGCUCUGGUUCUAAAAAUAUCCAAUCCUUGGAGCUUUGCUCCUCUCAGAAUCUACCACUGUGGAUCUGUCUCUGAGAGCACAACAAUGUGAUACUGCUCAACACCAUAAAUAGAGAGAGGUAGUUAGCGAUGUUGGUCUGAAAUUAGGCAGAAGGCAAGGCAGUGUGGUAUCUUAUGGAUUAACUCAUUCAGAGACGUAUGAGGUUUCAUAGGCUGUAGACUACUUUGACAAUGAAGCCUAAGCUUAUUCUUCUUUGCAUGAGUUGGUCUGUAAGGUGCCCCAUUUCCGUGCCUUCUGCCAAAAUGCCAUACAGUAGGGGUGUCAAAGAUAGAGCUUGUGGGCUGGAUGCAGCCUGGGAAGCCCCAUCCUCUGGAUCUUGGUACUGCCUCUGGGUCUGGAGUUGACCCACACAAUGCAUAUGGCAUGCCAGAUUGGCUCUGCCCUGGGUCAUCUGGGAUCUGUGCUUCAUACAGGAUCUGCGGUGCCCACACCAGCUGGUGUGGGAUGCACACUGCAUGGGACACAUCCCCCUCUUUGGGUGCUCUGGGAAGGGUGCUGCAUGCAGCACAGGUCUUUGACUAGCCACAAUGAGUGCUGUGUAUGGUGCUUGUCCUGGGCUCGCCCAGCACAUGUGACAUAUGCAAUAUAGUCCUGAGCUGACUUGAGCAAGUGCCAUGUGAGUUGGAUCCAGCAUGGUUGGGGAAGAGGGGUGAAAUGGUAUGUGGACCUGAUCUGGCCUUCAGAGCUGGCCAUGCACCAUUCAUCGAGCCCUGCACCACACUUCUGGCCCAUAGGACCAGCUGAGUUUGCCACCACUGGAUCUGGGUAGCUUAUAGAGCACUGUUUCUCAAUAUUCUUAGACUGAAAGCACCCCUUGGAAAAUGCCAGAUUAAAUGCAAUAUUAGGCACACAACUCUCUGGGUUCUCUAUAUAUACAAAUAGGGGUGCGUGUGUGUAAAAUUGAACCCAGAGGGUUGUGUGUGUAUUUAACUGAGAGGUGUACGCACACACAUACAUACACCCCCCUAGCGUUGUUGAAUUUUUCUCUAAAAACGAAUUUAAAAAAAGUUCAGAAUUAUCUUAAUACUACAUCAACAAGUGGACAGCAAACAAUAAAUGAAAACCUUACAAAGAAAACAUUAAAAAUCACAAUAUAUGAACAUCUUACUGUUCCUCAGUGAUGAAUAAGCUGCAGACCAUCUUAGGGAUGGCUGCAGUUUUGCCAUCCCUAAGAAUUUCUUCACUUUGUUUCAGGUUUUGAUGCUCAAUUCUUGACAUUUGCACCUGAAACUCCAGCUUAUGCAGGAUCUACCACACUCUUACAAGGGCUAUUCAAACUUCUGAGAACUGCUUUCACUGCAGAUUGAAUCCAUCUUCUCUGAAGCCUCUGGAUAGAUCCAGUAUACUUGUGCUGUUUGUUUCUUCUUCCCAGCAGGUGCCCAGACCAGGAUGCAUAUUUGUCUGGCUGAGAAAAAAGUUAUUAACAUUUCCUUCAAUGCUUUUCAGUUCUCAAGACAGUGAACAGAUUUGCCCUCUGCCAGCAGGAGCCAGAGCUCACCCAACCCUGAUCAGUCGAUGUUUCCAACAGGACAGUCUGUUGCAGUUAGAAAUGACCCUGCCCUGUUCACAGAGUUCUCUCUGAACACUGGACCCCACCUGCCACAUGCACCCUUGAACCUGGUUGCUACUCUCCUCUCCUUCAGUGGUACACCCCCCCAGGGCCAGCAGCCACCAACAUUACCCCACCAAGCUUAAGGCGGGGGGGUCUCACUGACCUUCCCAAGAUGGAUGCUUUUUGAAAAGUUCCCUUGUAUAGUACAAGGGGGGUUACAACUACAGAAAAAUACUAGAGCAAUUCUGUUGUAAAGAACUCAGAAAUACCACAGAAUGCCAGAAUCAUUUUAAGACCAUCAAUUCCUAUUUUAAAUAUCUAGCUUUAUUUUGAAAAUCUUGUUUGUAGACGUAACAAUACUAAUGUUGUAUGGCAUGCUGUGGUACCCUUGAAAGGAUCUCAAGGCAGCCCAGGGUGCCUUGGCACCCUGGUUGAGAAUCACUGUCAGAGAGAGACUGUUAAGAUUAUUUUGAAUGAGCAUAAAAAAUAAUUGUUUGUCCCUUAACUGUAUAGAUUCCUGGCUGGUGUGGCCAUGCUGCUGUGCAUGAAGCAAAUCAGAUGUAGGGAUGCAGAGUGGGACAGUUCUUUGGACACUACUAAAGCUCUUGAUUUGUUAUGUAAACAUGUGAGCUGUUGAAGCUCCUGCCAUGUUAUUGGUGCAGAAAAGCUUCUUGUGUUGGAUUGAUGCUGAGAGUUUAGAAAGCUUUGGUCAAGGACAAGUGUUCUGACAAGGACAAAGUUUUUGGUGGCAGAGCAGUUCAGGCACCUUGUUGUGGCUCUUGAGGUAUGAGUUUGAGCCCUUCUUUGGUCCCAUGCAAAAGACUGACCCUAGUUGAUUUGGCUGUGAACAAGCACCUGGUCAUUCAAGCUGAGGAGUUAAGCGUAGCUGGAACUGUUGAUGGACAUAUCCCUCCUUUUAUGCCACAGGCUAUAGAAACUGGCAUACCUUUACUCUCCUAGGUCCAUGUGUUGUUAAACUUGGGCAGUUCUUUGAUUUUUGAUGCAACUCAGGCGCUUCUAGCCUACCACUUCUACCCCUACAGACUCCAACCUCCCCCAGAGACUGCAGAUGUCUCCUUAUCAGGGACUAUAGUUUUCCUCGACAGCUGUAAUGUUCAUGACAACUUUUGCAGUGACCAGGAGUAGUUUAAAUUCUGUUUAAUUCUGCCACUUGUUUAGGAUGCUUUACAAAAUAUAUUAAUUACAAUUACUGCUCUUGUGACAAAUAUUUAUUAUAUUAUCUUGUAAAUCUUUAUUAUAUUUAUUUUUAUGGCUAGGACAACGAAGGGAGAAAAAUUAAGUGGCUUGACUAAGACCUGUGAAUGACAAGCCAGUAUUGUCAUAUAGGGAUCAUGAGUUUUUUUCAAUUCUGCCCUUGUUCCCCUAGAGCAUACUGCCUACUGAAUACUGAGGUUUUCUUUGUGAUCCAGGGACAUGUCGGAUGUCAACAGAGGAGACAACUCAGCUGCAAACAGCCAGCAAAGAAAGGAGCUUUGUGGUUAAUCGUAAAGUAAUUAGUAUCUCUAAGCACAGUUCAGGUGGGUUGUGAGCAAGGGAUAUUGAGAGCAAGGACCAUAAUCUCAUUUUCUCUUUCUAGUGGCAGAGCAUACUAAAAGUCUAGGGCUGGUUAACUUGGCUGGGGAGAAAAUUAAUAACUCAGAAUUUCUAGGAAAUAAUGAAAAUCUUUCCAUCCUAGCAGAUCUAUUUAUGUUUCUAAGGUGCUCUGCACCAGGAAAAGAGCUCAGAACUUUUCUUAAUAGAAAAACAAAUGCAAUAUGGGAGGCUCUCUGUCAUUUCUAGAAUCCUUUUAACUCCUGUGGGUAUGUGGCUGCAGUCCUGGUAUUCCACAGCUCACUCUGUUUGGAAACAUUUCAUGGUCAAAUAAAUGGACAGUAUUGGUGUUUACUAGGAAUGAAAUGAUCUAGUUAUGUCAAAACUGAAGCCUACUCAGUGAAAAGUUCUUUGGAGAAGAAAAGGUUUUGUGCAAGAAGAAAAUGGAAAGCUCCUUUUUUACACAAAAAGCAAUAAAAUACAGCUGCUUUUGACAGGUUGCUUAUGCUGAUUAUUUCUUGAUUUAGGACUCAGUUCUUUAGGCUGUCCACAGGCUGAACUACCUUUGAAGUCAAGAAAAGACUUGCGCAGAAAAUGGAUUCAGGAUGAGACCCCUAAGGUGAACUAGUAUUUGCUGUAUUGUAAUGUUACUCUCCUUUCUCACAACUCUAGCCUGCAAAGCUAUAUGAAACAUCCUUAGAAUGCCCUAGUUGACUAUUUGAAGUAUUGUACUGUGACCUUUUGUCCUGUGUUAUGACUGCCAGUUUAUCAGCCAUGAACAAUGAGAAGUUGUAUACUGGAUUUGAUUACAGGAGUUAUUUCUGUUCCCUGGUUAUAGCCCUCUCUGAGUUGCCCUCUCUGAAUAAUGUCAUAGACUAUGGUUUUCAGAGCCAGUUUGUCAACGACUAUAACUUUUAUGGUUGUUUAAACAGUGACCAGAAAAUUUUUUUCCAAUUACAAAACAAUGCAAACAACCCCCACAAAAUCACAAGUGUUUAUACAAGUGCUUGGAUUGCUAAAUCGUGGGCGUAUUCACAUUGUACGUAGCUACCAUGCUACCACACCUAUUUUCUAGUCUAAAAAUCCUUGGUGUUAACUAUAUAGCUCGUACUUGUCUCAAAAAAGGAGAAAGCAAUGAAAUCCAGUAGAUUUUUCUAGGUAAAAGUGCUCCACUUCUGCAGAAUUGCUAGAGAAGCAUAAUUGUUGGAUUAUGUAGGAUAUGGGGAUAAAGGUUGACUAAAUUGGGAUAUAUACCAGGCAACUGGUUUGACAUAUAAUUUUACCUUACCUUCUUAUGUUCUAAUCAAACAAUUACCUAGUAAACAAUGAUUAUAUAUAUAAAGUAACUUGGCAGUAUUUAGCAUUACCUUGCCUUAAAUAAUUUGCAUUUCAAUUGUUAAUGUUUUUAUUUUUAAUUUUCUCUUUAUUUAUAAAAACAUUACUGCAAUUUAUUCUUCUUAGCAUCAUGCAACAUAUUCUCAACCUAGUCUGUUGGGAAGUCUACUAAAAUGUUUGUGUUUUGCUAUUAAAUAUUGAAGUA